CUUCCCUUCCUUUCUUCCCUUCCUUCCUCCCUCAUCCCUUCUUUCUUUCUGCCUUUCCCCCCGCGUCCCCGGCCCACGAUGCUGCCUCUGUGGCUCCUGGUCAGCUCGGGCUUGAUCGCCGCCAGCCGAGGAAAUCUCUCGCACGACCGAAGCCAGCCGGUGACCUCCGAUGAAGUCGUGGUGGCGGGUUCGAAAGUCAUCCUUUCCUGUAAGGUAGAAGAUCCAGAAGAUUCCUCGCUCCAGUGGUCCAAUCCUGCUCAGCAGACGCUCUACUUUGGAGAAAAACGAGCGUUGCGAGACCUCCGAAUCCAGCUGGAGAACUCGACGGCCAACGAGCUGAGCAUAAGCAUCGACAACACCACUCUGGCUGAUGAGGGAGAAUAUACCUGCACGAUAUUCACCCGGCCCGUACGGACUGCGAAAGCCAUGGUCACCGUCUUGGGAAUCCCACAGAAACCCCAAAUCUCUGGUUACUCAGGCCCUCUUAGGGAAGGAGACGUGGCUGCGUUGACAUGUGUCUCUUCUGGCAGUAAGCCAGCAGCUUAUCUCAGAUGGAAAAAGGGUGACAAACACUUGACAGGCCAGUCGUCGGACGUCUCCAAAGAUGCCAACGGAAAAACCUUCACGGUCAGCAGCCACAUAGAAAUUACAGUCAGCAAAGAGGACGAUGGUGCAAACGUUACAUGCACAGUCGAUCACGCCUCUAUGCAGAUCUCCGGGAAAUCGGCUUUGCAGCGCCUCUCUGUCUUUUACAAACCAACGGCAAAAAUUGAGCCCAGACCGGAACACCCACAAGAAGGCGACAAUUUGGUGCUGCACUGCAAAGGAGAAGGGAAUCCAAUCCCUCAGGAUUACAAGUGGGAGAAGGACGGUGUCGACACCCCGUUGUUGGACGCUCAAGACAACAUCCUCUCCUUUCCCAACUUAAACAAAAGCGACAGUGGGACUUAUAUUUGCUAUGCUUCCAAUCUUAUGGGCAACUCCAUUGCAAGAUACACCCUCUCCGUCAGCGGUAAGACGUGUCUUCUAAGCCCUCUGCUAAGUGGACUUACUAACAGGAUAGCAGUUGUUGGAAGGGACCUUGGAGCCUUUGUCAUCUUCUUCCUCCUCAUCCUCCUCAUCGUUCUGGGACACUACUUGAUUCGGCACAAAGGUACCUACCUGACCCACGAGGCCAAAGGCUCCGACGACGCCCCAGACGCCGACACGGCCAUCAUCAACGCAGAGGGAGGUCAACCAGGCGGGGACGACAAGAAGGAAUAUUUUAUCUAAGAGGGGAAGGGUGGGGCACGGUGGCAGGGCAGCAGGGGGGGAGGAAGAGGAGGAGGAGGAGGAGGAGGAGGGGAAAAAAGGAAGAAGUUGCAGUGGCCAAUUGGACCCCGACCUCAACCAUCGGAUGACAACGGAACCCACCCACCCACUAUGUCUACGGCGUUUCUCUCGUGCCCGGGAAGGAAUUUGGACGGAAAGAACAGAGGGACAGUAGUAGAAAGGCAGGGCCGAGAUUGACCACAGACGGAGAAGGAGAGAAAGAGAGAGGAAGAAGGGGGCAUGAAAACAUCCGCUGGCUCAUGAUGCUUCUUGAACUUGUAUAAAACAUUGCAACCACAUGGGAGAAGGUGGGGGGGGAAAACUCCCCCCCCCCCCCCUAUAUGAACACUGGGGAACCCCUGGAAACCAAAAAAAACCCCCCCCCCCCGCAGCUUUUCCUGCUUGCUUGUAUCUACAUACCUGCGGCUGCCAAGCUCACACUAAACACACAGAGCUGAAGAGUGAGUGAUGAUGCUACCUUCCUUCCCUUUCUCCUUCCUUCCUUCCUUCCUCCCACUUCCUCCCAUCCGGCUUCCCUCCCUC